AUGGUAGAAGCUGCAAUUUCCACGCCCAAAAAACUCGCCCCUCGUUACACCCCAUCUUCAUCAUCUCAAUCGCCUCGGUCACCGUCACCAUUCACGCCCAAACGGUCACAGUCGGUGGAGCGGAGACGACCUGGCUCUAGUGGCACCACCCGAACGACGUCGUCUUCUGGCAAGAUGCUUUCAACUUCCGCCACAACAAGAAGUCUAUCCGUGUCGUUCCAGGGCGAGUCGUUCUGGAUCACCGUGAAUAAAGCCAAAUCAACAACGAACCUCGUUUCCUCUCCCAAACUCGUCGCGCGGAGAAAAUCGGCGAUCGACGGUGCAUCGUCUCCCCGACAAGUUAUAAAUAGCAGAGGCCAGGUUUCUUAUAUUCGUCCUGCUUCACCGAACAAGGUUUCUAAUACAGUACCAGCCUCCUCUUGUUCUUCUUCUUCCAGAGGUGUGAGCCCCUUGAGGCUCAGAAACGGAGCUUCCUCUAACGGUUUCAGCAACGAGCCUUCCAUUUUGAGUUUUGCAGUUGAUGUUAAGAGAGGGGGGAUGGGAGAGAACCGAAUUGUGGAGGCGCAUUCACUGAGGCUUCUCCAUAACCGCCUCUUGCAAUGGCGUUUUGUCAACGCCAGAACAGAUGCUGAUCUCUCUGUGCAAAAAUCAAAUGUUGAGGUCAUGUCAGACAUUGCAGAAGUUGACCAGAGUUGUCUCUAUGAUGCUUGGGCAUCUAUCACUAAACUACGAGAAUCUGUGAGUGCCAAAAGGAGAGAGUUACAAUUGCUGAAGCAUAAGUUGAAGUUGAAUUUCAUCCUCAAAAACCAAAUGGUUUAUUUGGAAGAUUGGGCUACUUUGGAUCAAGUUUACGUAAGUUCACUUAAAGGAGCUAUUGAAGCAUUAAAGGCUAGCACUCUUCGCCUCCCUGUUGUUGAUGGGGCCAAGACAGACGUACUGAAAGUGAAGGAUGCUCUUUGUUCAGCGGUGGAUAUAAUGAAGGCUAUGGGAUCCUCCAUAUGCUUAUUGUUAACAAAGGUUGGUUAUGUAAAUUCGUUGGUGGUCGAAGUUGCUAACUUGAGUACAAAGGAGUAUGUUUUGCUUCAUGAGUGCAAACACCUUCUAGCAAUGGUUACAACUAUGCAGGUUAGAGAGUGUAGCCUAGGAACGCAUAUUUCACAACUGAAUUGCUUACCUGAAGCUAAACAGUGA